CACGGAUAACUAACAAGAGAUUGCAGAUCACUGAGUCCGCGCAAAACCGUUAACUCGUUUCGCGGGGAUAAACAAUGAGCGAACCUAACGACGGCGGAACAACGGCGGUAGCGAAGGAGGAAGAAAUCGCCGGCGAUUGGGCCGAUCUGACUCGAGAGUGCUUGCUGAACGUCCUCUCGAGGCUCUCCGUCGAAGACCGAUGGCGAGGACCGAUGCUCGUCUGCAAGUCCUGGCUCGCCGCCUCCACCGACUCGUCCCUCCACACCGCCUUCGAUCUCGAUGCUCGCUUCGAUUCCGGGCCGGAGUUCCCCCGCUGGUGGUCUCCGGAGUUUGAGAGGCGGAUCGACUCCAUGCUCCGCUCCGCGAUCGCCUGGAGCGACGGAACCCUAUCUGUGAUCCGCACCCGACACUGCUCCGACCGAUCCAUCAAUCUCGCCGCCGAGAGGUGCCCUAAGCUUGAGAUACUCUCGGUCCAGAGCUCACCGAAUGUUACAGACGCAUCCAUGGCUCGAAUCGCCUCGAAUUGCUCGCAGCUGCGCGAGCUAGACGUCAGCUUUUGCCACGAGAUCUCUCACGAAGCUCUAGCUCUUGUGGGACGCAACUGUCCGAAUCUGACAACCCUGAAGAGGAAUUUCUACAACUAUUUGGAUUCUUCCCAGCACCAAAGGAGUGUGCCAAACGAGUACCUCAUGGCUUGCCCUCUGGAAGCGGAUUCAGAGGCCGCUGCAAUCGGGAAGUUCAUGCCGGGGUUGAAGCACUUGGAGCUUCGAUUCUCGAGGUUAACAGGCAAAGGGAUCGCAUCGAUCUGUGAAGGGUGCUCGAAUUUGGAGUUCGUGGAUCUUUCAGGGUGUGCUAAUGUGUCGGGGAGGGACAUUUCGAACUCGACUUUGAGGUUGAAGAAUCUGAAGCAGGUGAAGAAGCCGAAUUUCUACAUUCCCAGGUCGCUGUUCGGGCAUUCGGAGAGGUAUGGCCACUGGAAUUUGUAUGAUGAGAGGUUUCAGACUGAUGUUUUCCGCAUCUAGAUGAUACUCCUGGCGUAAAGCUUGCUGCUUUAUGAACUCUGCAGUUCUUGAAGCUUGCGCUGUUUCUCUGCUAUCUCUGGUUUUCGCUUGGACGGUGUUGUAGUUUAUACUAGUAUGUAUGUAACGCCUGCCAUGAAGCUUCGCUUCCAUGGUGGUUGAAGGAUGAUCUGCCUUGUUCAGCUAGUUCGCUUGCUGUUGAAUGUUUCAAUGUCAAUAAUCGUUGCAUUUCUCGAAUGCCUGAAUGAUCACUUUUCGAGUACAUUUGAGAAGGAACAUGUUGAGGUGGGUGACUUGGACGUCUCGUUGAUAUUCUUAGUCCAUACACAUCUCACGUCUUUCACUUGUUGUCACAGU